AUAAAUCCUUUCAAAACCAGACGACAUACAUGAAUCAUAGCAUUACAUUUCCCGGUAGAGGAUUAUUUGUGAAGCCAAUAGAAUUAACAAUCAAAAUGCACAUCCAUCACACAGAUCACAGCUUUGUUAUUCAAAUAAAAGGCGAGCCCAUUUAUAAUCUUCAUCAACCUUCUUCUUCAAAGCUAAACUUGUCUGCAAUGAAACUUUUUCAUCGCUUUCGCAAAAUUCUUAUGAGACUCUUAUUUUCUCUUCCUAAUAAUAACUCGUCGAAGCAAAAAAACUGCGAUAAAUUUGAUCCUCCGAAGACUUCAUGCAGCUCUUAUUACUCUUCUCAGUCACAUUACAGUGAAGCCAUUGCUGACUGCAUUGAGUUCUUGAAUAAGUCUUCUCAAGAAGGCGUUUUUGACGGCACGAAAGCUCAUGUCUUGGUUUGAUUUGUUUGUGUUUUAUUUUCAUUUUUGAAGCAAAUAUAAACGAGAUGUAUACGUGAUUUAUCUAUCUAAUAAGGAAGCAAAGUUGGUGUGAUUUCAAAAUGAAUAUAUUUUAAUGCUGGUGUACAACUGGUUUGUCGUGCACCUUCUCUUCUGUUAUAUACAUGUUGUUCAUUGUAUAUUUAU